UACACCUGAGGGCUGAGAACACAGACUUUCUGAAGCUCCUGUAGUCAGCUGUGGCUUAGUAGACAAUAUCUUCUCUAAAAGUCAAGAAAUUGCAGAUUAAGAAGAUCUACAGUUCCUGCAUACAUUGAAAAAUGGCCAGCAAGGGUGGAGGAAAAGGCCUGACGCCGUACCAGGGAAACCGGCGAUGUUUCGGCGAGUUUAGCUGUCCGCAGUGUGACAGGACCUGGGUGUCUGCCAACAGCUGGGCGGACAUGGGACAGCAGUGUCAGGACUGCAAGAUUAACGUGUACCCGCACACACAGCGUAAACUGGAGAAGCCAGAGGGCCUGGACGGCGUGAUCGAUACCCAGAAGCACCACCCGCAGCACCUCUGUGAGAAGUGCAAGAAGCUUGGACGCUACUGCCGAGACCGCUACUAACUGCAGUUUGGAACAAAUAAGCUAGAGGGACAACUUCGCUUAGUCCCACGCUUUGUGCAUAUACAAAAUGUAGUAUUAUUACAUUGUUGGACUGAAUCACAGUCAUAUUUGCCAGUACACUGCAAUUGAUUGAAAUAGCGUGACUCUGUAAAACUAUACUAUGCUACUAUACUAUGAAACUAUAGGUGACAACGAAACUAUAUAUGGUUGACACUAUGAAACUAUGGGUGACAGUGAAACUAUAGGUGUCACAAUGAAACUAUAGGUGACACUGUGAAACUAUGGGUGACACUGUGAAACUAUGGGGGACACUAUAAAACUAUAAGGGACACUAUGAAACUAAAGCCACUAUGAAACUAUUGGAAAAACUAUGAAACUACAGGUGACACUAUGCAAAAUAGGAGACUUUAUGAAACAAUUAUAUUUGAUACUAUGCAUGAAACUAAUAUUUAAAGUACUUAGAGUCUUUCAUUGCCAAACAAUAAGGGUGUGUCUGUAUGUAGGCGUACAUGUAUACUGGGGAUACUCAGGGGCUGCUAACAGUUUAUGUCCUGACGUAUGGCGAAAUCUUUAAAUCAGAAAUGCAGAAUAUUCCCAAAACAUUUGACAACAGAAGAUCCCACGACCGAGGUUCAAUCAGACAGGAAAUCUGGAGCUCCUAUAGUCAGCUGUGAUUUGGCAACCGUUAUCAUCCAUUAAUGCUGAGAAAUUGGAGAUUAAGUAGGUUAUCAUUUUUAAAAGCACUGUACGUAUCUGCACAGGAUUAUUGUGUUAACUUUAUAGAAAUUCGAAAUCGGAAUGCCAUUAUAAUCCACAUAUUUCGUCCUUGCAUCGCUGCCGGAAAGGGUCAAAUGUAAAUACUAUUUCCGAGAACAUCUCAAGGUCGAGGUAAAUAACAGGCUUACUUCGGAGCGCAACCUUGCUAUCCACACUCGACC